UACAUGAACUUCGAUACAUAAUAGAUACAAUUUAACAAAAUGUUCAAACACUACAAAGAUUUAUGCGAUGUUGUUUCGUUACUGGCUUAUUGCUCUUCAGAAAGAUCGUACUUGCUCAACCGAGAAGCCAACGGCGAAUACUGGUUACCGUCUUGCAAAACCGAGAAGAACUGUUGGAAUAUUACGGCUCAGAAAAUUAAUGUAGAGAUAUUCGGAAGCGAAGCCAGCUCUUGUCAGCCGCUCCAGGUCCUGAAGACCUGGUUGCCGGACCACGAGACGCCUUGCGUGUACCACGCCGUCUACAAGACCUCAGUAAAGUCCGACGUUAAGAAGAGAAUGAAGAAUAAGAAUACCAACGCCGCCAAAAACCGUCAAUGGGUGAAUUCUGUCGAGUUGGACCGGUUACGUGCACAUUGCAGUCUUCGCAGCCCGGAGAUCGCCAUGCUGGCUGCGUUAGCCACGGGUGACCAGUGCAAGGACCAGGAAUAUCAAGAGUUAAAGAGCAGUAUGCUGGUGGAGGUGUGUGAAGAAAACACGCUGAUUGGGCCGGACUGCGCGGGCAGCCUCGUCGCGCCCGCCCUGCAGCAGUGCCAGCUGCUCUCUGCUGCCAACUACAAGAAGGAAGAUCAGAUCCGCGUGUACCGCGAGUUCACAGAGAUGGUUUAUCCGGCGCAGUACAUGAGCCCGCACCUGUUCAAGCAGCUCAUGGUGGAGGUGGGCUGGCAGUACCAGCAGUGCCCGGCGCUGUUCAGAGCUGCAGACAUGACAAACCGCGGUGGGCUCUCGUUUCACGACUUGCUGAUGUGGAUAGCCGCCCUGGAGCCCGUCACACAGCAUAGUGGCUCUACCGCGGAAAUCCGGUGCAAGUACAUCUUCAGAUACUUUGACAGCGACCGCGAUCAGAAGUUAGACUAUGCGGAGUUCAAGGAACUGGUUGCGGCAGCGCGGUUGGCGCGGCAGCUGCCCAUAGAUGCGCUGAGCGUCGCUCGCGAUGCCGAUAAUGUCUACAGGCAGCUGAACUUACAGCCGAACUCCCAAAUGUCCAUGACGGACUACUUGCGCGGUGUCAGCGAAGCUCGUCUCCGAGGCACCAGCGCCAUGCUCCGAGCCAAACGAGGAGUCGCCAACUACCUCGUCGACCUCCAGCAAAUGAAGCUGUCUCGUCCGCAGGCUGGACCUCAAGACCAAAAACCUCCACAAGCCCCUGUACCGCCGCACUUAGCAAAAGUUCCCCAGACUCGUUCAUUAGGCCAGCAGACGGAAAGCGCCGUCUCCCGACGAGGUAAAGUCAGCGCGAGUUCUAUCCGCCGCGCUGACUACGCCGUGGCUUCUUACUCAGUGCGAGUGAGACGCCAAGCUAAAGAGAUGCUAGAACUUACUGCUAUAGACGAAGAAGCGGUGUCCCCCUCUGCUCUGAACGUGCUGGGUUCUCUAUCACUUGAGGUCCUGGGCCCGACCACCGCGCCAGUGGCCGCGCUGGCCGCCGUCAAAUACUUCGCUUCGUCUAUAAGUGGCGUUACCACCAAACGGCCGUCAGUAGCCGGCAACAUAGCCGUCCCCGCCAAGCUGGCAUGGAGCUGGGCCACCAAGGCCGAGGAGGCUGACCUGGGGAACCUGAUCAUCAAGCUGGCGGACGCAGUGGCUAACAUCUGCGUCAACGAGCCGAGGAUGUUAAGGAUCCGGUCGCCUAUAUACGCUGUAGGUGACCUGCAUGGCAACUUAGCCGCGCUGCUCGCAAUGGAAACCGCCUUCUGGCCUAUGGGUCCAGCGUUGGCCCCAACCCACUUCCUCUUCCUAGGGGACUACGUGGACCGAGGACCGCAUGGGUCUGAGCUGAUAGCGUAUUUGCUGGCCGCCAAGCUGCAGCGGCCGCAGUCCGUGCUGUUGAUUAGAGGGAACCAUGAGACGAGGGAUAUACAGAAGAUGUUCACGUUUUACACUGAAUGCAUAACCAAGUACGGAGAGGUGGAGGGAGGGCGAGUGUGGUCGGCCAUUAACCAUGUAUUCGACGCGUUGCCGCUUGCUGCUGUGGUGGACGACAAAGUAUUCUGCUGCCAUGGCGGAAUCCCCCCGCCGUGGGUGUGUCCGCUAAUAUCGGCCAUCGACAAGGUCCCCGUGCCAUUACCGAAGCCUUCCGAACAGAGCUCGAUAGCCUGGGAGCUACUGUGGAACGACCCUGUCAAACCGCACAAGAUCACGGCAACGCAGGCGCUUGAGCUGGCCGCCAACGAGGGGUUCGCGGCAAACUCCAAGCGCGGCACUGGACACGUCUUUGACCAGAGCGCGCUUGACCGGUUCCUGCUUGCAAACCAGCUGUCACAUGUGUUGCGAGCGCACGAGGUGCAUCAGGCUGGAUUUAUGUGCCAGCUGCGGGGAAAACUGAUCUCCGUAUUUUCAUCGUCGCGAUACUGUGGCGGCACCAACGACUCAGGCGUGGCCUUACUGGACGACGGCAAGAUGAGACUGUUGAGGAUCAACGCAGACUAGGAGUUCAUUUUACUCCCAUAUACACAUUGCACAACGCUACUUUGUAAUGCAAUUUUGCGAGAUUUACCGGGUGGAUUUAUCACAUUCUUAUGCCACGACCUGUUUAUUCACUUACAGGGAUAUAACGGAUGUGUUUUUAACGGCUUCCGGUUCCGUUCCGGACCGGAAGAAGAAGUUUUGAAUUUAGUUUAACGGAAGCAGAAGCGGAACCGGAACCAGAAGCGGAACUUAUAAUGUUAAAAACGAAAAGAAAAAAUACCACAUAGGUAUAACUUAAACCAAAACUAAUU